ACCAAAACCAAGAUCAAGAAUUAGUAGAGAAAGAACGGAUUUCUUCUUUUUUAUGUUAUUUUGUUUCCUAGAUAGACGUGCUCCACCGGUAUUAGUAGAGAAAGAGGAAACAUCAUGUGGGCAGCACGAUCAUGUUCGAGAAUCGGCCGCACCUCGUCAGAGAGGCUGCGCCCGAUGCAUCGCCAUUUCACGACCAGGACUACUGCGAGAUUUAGAGCAGCCACGGCGAGCAGCACCGGAAAUGGAGGUCAUCAUCAUGAUGAGCAGUCGGGUGCACACGCGAAUGCGUCAGGAUCCACGGCAGCGGUGGUUGGCGCAUCCGCGGUACUUGGAGGAGCUCUUAUCUACAAUAUCAACGAAGUGUCAUCAAGUCGUGACAAGCAGAUCAUGGAUCCGAAAAGCAGACUCACAAUUCCGAACUACAAGAACAUCAUGUUCAAGUCUGGCGCUGCAUCUUCAUCAAAUCUUGUAAUGUGUCAGGAGGAACCUCUCAGCCGGGAAUCGACUACAUCCACCUCUUCAAGAACGAUAAGCAUCGGUAGCGAAGUGGACGAUGAGCAUGCAUCCAAUAGCAAUCCCUUGGACGAAACAUCUAGUACGUCGGAUUUCUGUGCUGGCAAUACUUCUAGUGAAGCAUUGCCUGUAACCGCGGAAGCUGCAGAAGGGAUCCCGAGUUCCGUAAGAACUCGUACGAUGCAACAGAAGAACUCACAAAUGGACAAGAAAUUGUCGCGCGGUGUCGACGGGAAGCACGAGUGGGAGGCCAGUCAAGAACAUCAUAAAGAGCUGACUAGGUCUUUUUUGAAUGAGAAACCUGAUAAAGCGCAGAAGGACAAGAAUGACUUCAUGAUCAUAGCUGGAAACGGGAACCCGCGACUGGCGCGGAAAGUAGCGAAGCAUCUAGGAGUAGAGCUCUCUCCAGUCAUGCUGACGCAUUUCAACGAUGGGGAGUCUAGAAUCCACAUCAAGCAGAGCUGUCGAGGCAAGGACAUCUUCAUCAUCCAACCAACAUGUCCUCCCGUCAAUGAGAACUUAGUGGACUUGCUACUUAUGAUCUCAACCUGUAGACGUGCGUCUGCGAAACGGAUUACGGCAGUUGUGCCCUACUACGGAUAUGCUAGAGCGGAUAGAAAGUUAUGAACAUCAAAUUCAAAUUCUUUAUAAUUAAGAUAUUAUUAAGCCAAAGCUUACAAAUCUUAAUCUCGUCCGACUCUGACCCUGUGGUCUCCGACAAGGACAAAUAGAAUCCCUCCCUCAUGAUCUCUGCAUGUGUUAGAUAAUUGGCCGCCCAGCUUCAUCAAGCAACAGUAGUCGGGUCCCCAUAGCCGCAGCGGACGUCGCAGAGCUCAUAACCGCCAUGGGCGCAGACCGUGUAGUGUCAGUCGACUUACAUAAUGUUAAGGCCUUAUUUUUUGGUUCAUUUUAUCUUGUAAAAAUCAAUUGUGUUUCAACUUCAAGUACAACUAGUGCAGUCCUUGGGAAGAUGAUGGUCGCUUCUUUAAUAUGUCCUCCUCCUCGCCAAUUAAAAUAUUUAUAUUAUGCACGACAUGCAGCAGUGCUUUUGCCGUCACGAUAAGCAAGUACGUGCCAGCUCUUCUUCUAACAUCCGCGCCAUCCAGGGUUUCUUCCCACCGAAUAUACCUCUGGAUAACUUGAGUGCGAUGAGUUUGGGCGUCGAGUACUUUAGCAAAGAGAAGAAGGUCGAUCAGGAUUGUGUUGUCAUUUAUGAUACUGGUCUUAGAAAAAGAAAGUCCUGCUAGGUUUAUCUUAUAAUUAUGGCCUUAAUAUACAUAGAUUCAUUAUAUUUCAUAAUGCUAUUAUACGAGAGGCACCAGGCACCAUGACAUGACAUGACGGCAUGAAAAUUCUUGGCGAAGAUCUUUCGCCUGUUACUCAAAACAAUGUGGUCUUCAACAUGAUGUUUCUCAUGGCUGUCUUGCAAGAGAUACUGAGCCUAGUUCUUCGUGCAGCAUGAUCCCACUGGUACAAUUCGUUUCUAACGGCCUUCCCCUGACGCUGGUGGUGUUUACCGUGCCAGACAAUUUCAGGAGAGGCUCAUCAAGAUGGGCCAAAGCAACGCCUCUUUGGCGUUGAUUACGAAGCAAAGGAGCAAACCUGGCGAAAUCGAUCGAAUGGAUUUGAUCGGCACUGUUAUGGCCUGCUACGUACUUACUUCAACUUGAAAUAUCAAGUACCUCCUCACCUCGAUCUACCUCUAAGUUCCUCCGCGACAAGGACGUGACGAGAGUUUUCUAAGCCGCUUAACUUUAUUGAGCAACUAAAAACAAUAUCAAUAACAAAAAAUUCAAUCUGGCAAUAAUAAAAAUUCCAUCUGGAAAUAAUAGAUUACGUAACCUCCUCCCAUAGCUAUAGCAGGAUCUUGUUAAGUAAGAGUUUCCCCUUUCUCAGAGGUGUGCUGCAAAUCUAGACUGGCUUCUUCCUUUUCAUAAGGUUGGGGCUUUCUUAGGUCCAGCCGCGCCCAAAGCACUAACGUAAAGCAACCGGUUAGCUUUCGCCUCUAUCGUUAGGCCUAGCCCUUCAAACAAUUCAUACAUUGAUGAAGAUCAACAAGUACCUCCUCGCCUCGAUCUACCUCUAAGUCCCUCCGCGACAAGGACGUGAUUAUCGUUGACGAUCUGGUCGACACUGCGGGAACGCUCUGUGAGGCGGCCAGACAUUUGAAGCUAGCUGGUGCGAAGCGUAUUUUCGCGUUCAUCACUCAUGGCGUUCUCAGUGGAAACGCUCUCGAACGGAUUCGUAGUUCAAAUCUAGAGGAGCUCGUCGUCACCGACUCCAUCCCCGGAGACGAUGGCCGGUUCAAGGUCGAGAAUAUCAAAAUCAUUUCGCUUUAUGGCGGGAUAGUACUUAGAUUUACUUGUGCUUGUAGUAUCUUUGGAUUAAGUGUUGAAGAUCUUUAUGGAUUAAGUGAAGAUCUUUAUGGAUUAAGUGAAGAUCUCUAUGGAUUAAGUGAAGAUCUCUAUGGAUUAAGUGAAGAGCUUUAUGAGGGCUGGCGUUGGCGAGGUUUGGUUAUAAAGGGCGGAUGAAGUCGAGCAUUUUUUUUACUAAGUACCCGAAUGCACUUACACAGAAUUUUGCGUACCAGAAUUUGCUCUAACCUUCAGCAGUGCUGGUGGCAGACGGGGUUCGACGGAUUUAUCAGAAAGAAUCGCUAUCAUGGGAGACCAUUGAGCAGUUCAUAUAAGAAUUCCUGGAUGUCGAUGAGGGCACGAAGAACUACCCUUUUUCUGUAGACUUAUACAACGGUUGAGUUACCACCUUUUUUGUAUACAACAACGUUUUAAUGGUACUGGGUGCCACAACAUUUUUCAUGAAAAGAGAAAUGAGGAUGAUAAGACUAAGACUAUAUGAAAGACUAAAUGAAGUUCUUAAAGAAUGAGAUUCCAGAGAUAGAAAGUUGAAGUUCUUGAUGUACUGCGUAGCUCAUUCUCAUAUUUUGCAG